CCUAUGGACAUUGACCUGACUAAACCCAUAAACCCAAACAUGGAACCAGGGAUCUCUAACAAGUCAAUAUUUUUCUCCUACACUAACUUUUCUCUCUUAGGUUUCCCUGGAAUAUCUCAAUGGAGACCCCUCCUGGCAAUCCCAUUCUUUCCCAUGUACUUAGUUAUCUUGAGUGGGAAUUCUCUCAUCAUCUGCCUGAUUUACACUGACAAAACACUUCAUUCCCCCAUGUAUCUUCUCAUCUCACUGCUCUUUGCCAUUAACAUCUCCAGUUCUACUGCGAUAUUGCCAAAAUUUCUCCUAGACUUGUUAUUUCAUCUCAACCAAGUUUCCCUGACUGGCUGUCUUCUGCAGAUGUUUUUUAUUUACUUUAUGGCAGUCUGUGAGUCUAAUGUUAUGCUAUUAAUGUCCUUAGACAGAUAUGUAGCAAUCUGUAGGCCACUGCGUUAUCAUAACAUCAUGACAAAGAGUUUACUGGCCUGGCACAUAGCCAUUAUAAUAAUUCGGAGCUGCCUCUUAGUUUGCCCAUUGGUCAUAUUUACCUCCAUGGUCCAGUUCUGCAGGUCGAACAUCAUCCUAAACUUUGCAUGUGAAAACAUGGCACUUCUCAGUCUUGGAUGUGGAGACACCACCAAAGCACAGAUGGCUGGGUUGAUUGUGCGCAUCAUUGUUACCGUGCUGGAUGUCAGUCUACUCUUGAUUUCCUACUCAAGCAUAAUCUACACAGCCAUGAAAACUGCCACUGGGAAAUCCCGACACAAAGCUCUAAACACCUGUGGGACACACUUGCUGGUGGCAAUGGUGGUCUAUGUGAGUGGACUGGCAUCUUCCAUUGUGUACAGGAUGGAGACAACAAUCUCAACAGAUGUUAAGAAUCUAUUUAGUGCAAUAUACUUAAUGAUUCCAGCUACAUUAAACCCCUUUAUAUAUGGAUUAAGAGUGUCAGAGAUCAGAAAGAGCCUUAUGAAAUACUGGAGCAAAAAGAACUUCUAACAUGAGAUAAAUAUACAGUACAUACCACUUUUCCAGUGCAAUAUAUCUGAUAUUGAACAUGACAACGCAGGUGGGAAUUCUGAUUGAGGAGGCCUCAGUAGCACCCUUGAGAAUGUAUUUGUGAAGCAAUUUAAGAAUAACAAGAAUAACACCUCAUUAUAUGGAGGAAAAAAAUAUACUAAAAUCUGUGCAACGUCUGGGCUGUAAGACAAUUUAUUAACUUUCAAAUCUGAAAUACACAAAUAUGUUAAAUGCAUCUUUAACUAUUCAAAUGUUUCAGGGGCAGAAAUACUGAGGUAAAAUAGAUGUUAUUUGUGUGCAAGCCAAAUCUUAUUUGUGUGGGUUCCAAGCACGGAACAUGCUUAGGCCAUUUAUAAAGGAAACUAACUUUCAUACUGAAAUGGCUCAAACCAGUAUGAAUAAACUAUU